CUCCCUUGACUGUACCUCCGCGUCCCCUUCCCCCUCCCCGCGAUGGGCCGCACAUGCGCACAACGCCGGGGGCUUGCAGAGUGACGUCAGCCUGCCCAAAACCCUCCCAGGCCAAAAUAGUCCGCUCCUCCUGCAGCUCCAAACUUGGCUGGAGGCCGGUAGUGAGGAGGAGAAGAGAGCUCCAGAGCUGCUGCUGCUGCUUGCUGCUGCUGCUACUUCUUCCACACCACUUUUCCCUCUCCCUCCAGCCUUCUUUCCUGCUCCCCCUUUCUCCCUCUUCUUUCCCCCUUUUCCCUGGUGAUGAUACUCACAUGAUAACUGCACUCCAAGGGGGUAGCCAAGAAGGAAAAAAAAAAAAGAAAGAAAAGAAACCCAAAUUCAAAGCAAGUCUUUUCCCCUCCUCUUCCUUCCCUUUCUACCCCUUUCCCUUCUCCCUCUCCACUUUUCUGGGUUGUAAAAAGACAAAAAUAUCCAGGGCAUGAACGGAUGGCAUCCCCUUGGCUGCCCAGCCAGUCCCUUUCCACGGCUUCCCCUAUUUAAGAAGUGGUUCAUAGAGGAAUUUAUUCUGCUCUAGAAUAUAACUGGCCUGGCUUUCCAAGGAAGGGGAAAAAUCAGAGAGAGAGAGAGAAAGGAGUACGGGAACCUUCCCGGGCAAUUGCUAUUGUCUGAAACUCCCUUUAUAGCCAAAUAUAUUGAAGAUGAAAACGGUAAAGAAGUGGACAACAUUUGUUUGCCAUUCACUUUAGCUCCUCAUUGAGAUGUGAAGGAAUUUUAAAAUUUGCUUUGGACUGAAAAUGUCUGCAGACAUAGAAAGAAAAGCACAUUUGCAUGACAGCUAUCAAGGAGUGGAACCUCAAAUAACUAAUUUUGAAGAAAUAUAAUAAAUCCUGGUUAUGGUGCAGUGCUGGAGUGGAGAUAAAGCUGUAGCACAUAGGUAGUCCACUUCUUCUAAAUUAUGGAAAUUUUGUGGAAGACGUUGACCUGGCUUUUGUGCUUAAUUAUGGUUUUGUCAGAAUUUCACAGUGACAACACGCUUUCAUAUAGUUCUCAAGAGGAAUUCCUGUCUUACCUUGAACACUACCAACUAACAGUCCCAAUAAGGGUUGAUCAUAAUGGAGCCUUCCUCAGCUUUACUGUGAAAAAUACUAAAUCUACCAGGAGAAAGAAGAGGAGUACUGAACAUUAUGACCAAGAACUGGCAGUUUCUAAUUUAUUUUUUAAACUUUCUGCCUAUGGCAAGCACUUUCAUUUAAACCUGACUCUCAACACAGAUUUGGUAUCCAAACACUUCACAGUAGAAUACUGGGGGAAAGAUGGACCUCAGUGGAAACAUGAUUUUUUAGACAACUGUCAUUACACGGGAUAUUUACAUGGCGAGCAUGGUACAACUAAAGUAGCAUUAAGCAACUGCAAUGGUCUGCAUGGUGUUAUUGCUACAGAAGAUGAAGAGUAUUUUAUUGAGCCUCUAAGAAAUGUAACUGAAAAUUCCAAUAACUUUAGUUAUGAAAGCGGCCAUCCUCAUGUUAUAUACAAAAAGUCUGCUAUUUACCACCAGCUUUUCUAUGAUCAUAUCCUUUGUGGUGUCUCAGAAGACUUCACAGAAAUCAGUAAACCAUGGUGGUUGAACAAUACAGAUGCUUUUCCAACUUUACAUCCUGUUAAUCACACAUUAAGUAAUAAUCAUCGUCUGAAGAGAUCAAUAAGCACUGAACGUUUUGUGGAGACGCUUGUAGUAGCAGACAAAAUGAUGGUGGGAUAUCAUGGUCGUAAAGAUAUUGAGCAUUAUAUUUUGAGUGUCAUGAAUAUUGUUGCCAAACUUUAUCGUGAUUCCAGCCUAGGAAACGUUGUGAAUAUUAUAGUGACUCGUUUAAUUGUCCUCACAGAAGAUCAGCCAAACUUGGAGAUAAAUCACCAUGCAGACAAGUCCCUUGAUAGCUUCUGUAAGUGGCAGAAAUCCAUUCUCUCUCACCAAAGUGAUGGAAACACCAUUUCAGAAAAUGGAAUUGCCCACCAUGAUAAUGCGGUCCUUAUUACUAGAUAUGAUAUCUGCACCUAUAAAAACAAGCCUUGUGGAACGCUGGGCUUGGCCUCUGUUGCUGGAAUGUGUGAACCUGAAAGGAGUUGUAGCAUUAAUGAAGAUAUUGGCCUAGGGUCUGCUUUUACCAUAGCACAUGAGAUUGGCCACAAUUUUGGUAUGAACCAUGAUGGAAUUGGAAAUUCUUGUGGAACCAAAGGUCACGAAGCAGCAAAACUUAUGGCAGCUCACAUUACAGCAAACACCAACCCUUUCUCAUGGUCAGCCUGCAGCAGGGAUUAUAUCACCAGUUUUUUAGAUUCAGGCCGUGGUACAUGCCUUGAUAAUGAGCCUCCCAAGCGUGACUUUCUUUAUCCCGCAGUGGCACCAGGUCAGGUGUACGAUGCUGAUGAACAGUGUCGCUUCCAGUAUGGAGCAACAUCACGGCAGUGUAAAUAUGGGGAAGUGUGUAGAGAGCUUUGGUGUCUCAGCAAAAGUAACCGUUGUGUUACCAACAGUAUACCAGCAGCUGAGGGUACUCUUUGCCAAACUGGAAGCAUUGAAAAAGGGUGGUGUUAUCAGGGAGAUUGCGUACCUUUUGGCACUUGGCCCCAGAGCAUAGAUGGGGGUUGGGGUCCCUGGUCAAUAUGGGGAGAGUGCAGCAGGACCUGCGGGGGAGGAGUCUCAUCAUCCAUAAGACACUGUGACAGUCCAGCACCUUCAGGUGGUGGAAAAUAUUGCCUUGGAGAAAGGAAACGAUAUCGCUCCUGUAAUACUGAUCCAUGUCCUUUUGGGGCCCGUGAUUUUCGAGAGAAACAAUGUGCAGACUUUGACAAUAUGCCUUUCAGAGGAAAAUAUUACAACUGGAAACCAUAUACAGGAGGUGGGGUUAAACCAUGUGCAUUAAACUGCUUAGCAGAAGGUUACAACUUUUAUACUGAACGCGCCCCUGCAGUUAUAGAUGGAACACAAUGCAAUGCAGAUUCACUGGAUAUUUGUAUCAAUGGUGAAUGCAAGCAUGUUGGGUGUGACAAUAUUUUGGGAUCUGAGGCUAAAGAAGACAGAUGUCGAGUAUGUGGUGGAGAUGGAAGUACGUGUGAAGUUAUUGAAGGUUUUUUCAAUGACACAUUGCCCAGAGGAGGUUACAUGGAAGUCGUUCAGAUUCCAAAAGGUUCUGUUCACAUAGAAAUCAAAGAAGUGACAGUGUCAAAAAACUACAUUGCUUUAAAAUCUGAGGAGGAUGAUUAUUAUAUUAAUGGGGCCUGGACUAUUGACUGGCCUAGAAAGUUUGAUGUCGCUGGGACAGCUUUCCAUUACAAAAGGCCAGCAGAUGAAGCUGAAUCUUUGGAAGCCUUAGGCCCUACCUCAGAAAACCUCAUAGUGAUGAUUUUACUACAGGAGCAAAACCUGGGAAUAAGGUAUAAAUUCAAUGUUCCCAUCUCUCGCACUGGCAGUGGUGACAACGAAGUUGGCUUUACAUGGAAUCACCUGCCUUGGUCUGAAUGUUCUGCUACUUGUGCUGGAGGUUCACAGAAGCAAGAAAUAGUGUGCAAACGGCUGGAUGACAAUUCUAUAGUACAGAACAAUUACUGUGAUCUUGAUAAUAAACCACCAGAAAAUCAGAGAACUUGCAAUACUGAGCCUUGCCCAACUGAGUGGUUUAUUGGAGAUUGGUCAGAAUGCAGUAAGACCUGUGAUGGUGGAAUGCGAUCAAGAACAGUUCUGUGCAUCAGGAAGAUUGGACCUUCUGAAGAGGAAACCUUGGACAGUACUCAUUGUUUAACACAUCGGCCAAUUGAAAAAGAAUCUUGUAAUAACCAGUCUUGCCCCCCACAGUGGAUUCCAUUGGAUUGGUCAGAAUGUACUCCAAAAUGUGGUCCUGGUUUCAAGCAUCGUAUUGUCCUCUGUAAAAGCAGCGAUCUUUCUAAAACAUUUCCAGUUGCACAUUGCCAAGAAGAAAAUAAGCCUCCAGUCCGUAUGCGCUGUAGCUUGGGCAGAUGUCCACCACCACGAUGGCUUAUGGGAGACUGGGGGCAGUGUUCUGCACAAUGUGGUCUUGGACAACAGAUGAGAACUGUGCAAUGUCUUUCAUAUACCGGGCAAGCAUCCAAUGACUGUCCAGAUACUCUUCGGCCUCCAUCAAUGCAACAGUGUGAAAGCAAAUGUGAUAGUACUCCCAUUUCCAACACAGAGGAAUGCAAAGAUGUGAAUAAAGUGGCUUAUUGCCCACUGGUGCUGAAGUUCAAAUUCUGCAGUCGAGCAUACUUCAGACAGAUAUGCUGCAAGACCUGCCAAGGACAUUGACCCACAGAAACUGAAAGUGCCUUGUUAUUUUCAUUGUGGAAAUGUGUCCAUCGGAGAUCGCUGCAAGUGCAACCAGACGUAUGUCCUUGUAAAUGCAUCACCCUGUGGAAAAUGUAACCACUGGUCAGCCCCAGCUGACAGAAUUUCAAUAUUAUUUUAACUUCUAUGAAGUGGGAUUUAUUCAUCCAAAGUGCUGGAGACAGAAUAAGGAGGGCAUGCCAUAAUGGAAAAAUACAGUGUACACAGAGUAACUUAUGGCGGAACAUAUGUGUACUUUUGACUAAAUCCACUAGUCUUUUUACCUCCUUGGACCAUUAAGAUAAUUGUUAUAAUGGACUUAGCAAUGACACUGAAUCCAUUUGUAUUUAAUAUUGUUUAAAAUGUAGCUAUUGUGGUUUGGUCAACUACAAAAGAAAAGAAGCAUUUUUAAAAUCUUGUCAUAGCUUAUAAUUAAUAACUAUUUUAUCUUACUACAUAGCACCACAACUUAAAUUAAAGAAGUGGGCUUGGGAAUAUUAUUUUAGAAACAAAUAUAAAUCAGAAGUAAAAUAAAUGUAUUUUCCUUUGUUCAUCUAAUUCUCUAAAGAAUAAUCCGUAUUUCCGAUGACUGCUGUGAGCCAUGUCUAAAGCUAAACUAAACUAGAACAAUAAGGAACAUAGAACUAAGAAAUGCAACACAUUUUCCCUAGAUGCAUCAAACAAUAAACAUAGGUUUACAGCUAUCUUUCCAUUUUGCAAUAACAUCAGAAUUUCCACUAAAAGGGAA